AUGAAGUUUUUGGCAAUUCUCGUUUGUUUCCUUGUCGCUGCACUUGCUGUUUAUGCAGCAGAAGAAACACCAAAAGAAGAAAUUCAAGAUACCGAAAUUGAAAAUGAACAACCGGUUGCAGAUGAUAGCGACGCUGACCAAGAAAAUGACCCCAGUGUUUAUCCAUACCGUGGAAACUACAGAUACGGUAAGAGAUAUGGAGUUCGUGGAUACAGAUAUGGGCAUUCUUCCAGAUAUGGAGGUCUUGGAUACAGAUACGGAGGUGUUCAUAAAUAUGGUGGACGUGGACGUCGAUAUGGAGGAUAUUCUUACGGACACGGAGUAGGACGUGGCAAAUACGGAAAUAAGGUUUAUGGAGAUGCCAGAUAUGGUGGGCGAUAUGCUGGACAUGGACGUCGAUAUGUUGGACACGGACGAAGAUAUGUUGGACAUAGUCGACGAUAUGUUGGACACGGACGUAGAUAUGUUGGACAUGUACGAAGAUAUGUUGGAUAUGGUAAAGGUUAUGGCCGUGGCGUAAAAUACGGACAUGGAAAAUAUGGACGCAAGGCUUACGGAGAUGCGUCAUACAAAGGCAGUUAUACGUACGGUGGACGCCGAUAUGGUGGACACGGGCGAAGAUAUGUUGGACAUGGUCGACGAUAUGUUGGACAUGGACGAAGAUAUGUUGGACACGGUCGACGAUAUGUUGGACAUGGCCGACGAUAUGGUGGAUACGGUAAAGGUUAUGGACGUGGCGUAAGUUACGGAUAUGGAAAAUAUGGACACAAGGCUUACGGAGAUGCAUCAUACAAAGGUGGUUACACGUAUGGUGGACGUCGAUAUGGUGGACACGGACGAAGAUAUGUUGGACAUGGUCGACGAUAUGGUGGUCACGGGCGAAGAUAUGUUGGAUAUGGUAACCGAUAUGGAAGUCGAGGAUAUGGAUACGGUGGUCGUGGUUACCGCUAUGGUCAUAAGGCGUACGGAGAUGAGCAAUAAAUUUAUUUUAAAAUAAAACUUUGAUUUCGGUGUUAGAAAAAUAUAUCAUAUU